ACUUGACUGGGUUUUAAUUACCAUUUUGCCCCAGCUUUAAAAAGACUUAAAAGUUCGUUUAUUUAUAUACGUGUCCUUCAAGUUUUUGAUCUCGCGUUUUCGCUUUACGUUCUUGAUCUUCUCUACUCGAACGAUCUCUGCGAGGAACACGAGAACUUGAAUUCCCGGGAAAAUCUUUGAAGUAGUGAACUUUCUCGGAAAAAGAAUGUGUCCCUUCGAAGAUCGUCGUGCUCCACCUCCACCUGGGGUAUACUGGACUCCGCCGCCGCCGGAGAGAAGAACAACAGAUCAUGCGGCGGCGAUGCCGAUGUCGGAGAGGAGAAGACCACCUUCUUCGGAGAACCGCGAUCCCUUUCACGUCGUUCACAAGGUUCCUUCUGGUGAUUCCCCUUACGUCAGAGCCAAACAUGCGCAGUUAGUAUCUAAAGAUCCGAACCGAGCAGUAUCCUUGUUCUGGGCUGCAAUAAACGCUGGUGAUCGUGUGGAUAGUGCGUUGAAGGACAUGGCUGUUGUUAUGAAACAGCUUGACCGGUCUGAUGAAGGCAUCGAAGCUAUCAAGUCCUUUCGCUAUCUCUGUCCUCUCGAGGCUCAAGACUCCAUUGAUAACUUGCUCCUCGAGCUCUACAAAAAGUCUGGGAGGAUUCAAGAAGAAGCUGUGUUGCUUGAGCACAAGCUGAAAGUACUCGAGCAAGUGGGGUUUGGUGGUAGAAUCGUGAGAGCGAAACGGGUUCAAGGGAAACAUGUCACCAUGACUAUCGAGCAAGAGACGGCAAGGGUACUAGGAAACUUGGGAUGGGCUCACUUACAGCUACAUAACUAUGGAAUUGCAGAGCAUCAUUACAGGAGAGCUUUGUGUCUGGAACCUGACAAAAACAAACAGUGCAACCUCGCUAUCUGCUUGAUGCGUAUGGGUCGAAUCCCAGAAGCUAAAUCCCUGAUUGAUGAUGUGAGAGAUCAUUCUGCAGAGAGUGAGUCCGGAGAUGAACCGUUCUCAAAGUCUUAUGACAGAGCCGUUGAGAUGUUAGCAGAAGUGGAAUCUACAGAUCCAGAAGGUGGUCUUCCAGAUGAGUUCUACGCGGGAUGUUCAUUUGCAAAUGGAACAAUGAAGGAAAACAAAGCUCCUAGAAACGCAAACAGGAAGUACUCACAUGUUCCUUCUUCUCCAGCGUCUGUUAGACAGAACUCUGCAGGCUUGUUUACACAACCACGAGGAUACAAAAUGGAUCAGACGAAUGGGGUGUCUGAGGAAGAGACAGGAGGGGCAGCUCGGAAGCUACUGUUUGACAAACCUGUUCGUUCUGAGCGUGUUAAGAAUUUGAAGAGCGGAGAAGGAGGAGAAGAACCCAUGAAGGGAAAGAAGCUGGACCAGAACAUGAUUCAUGAUCUCCAUGAAUACAUCAACGAUACUUCAGACUGUUUGAAGAGUGGAACUAAGAAAAGCUGGGCAGAUAUGGCCGAAGAGGAAGAUGAAGAAAGACUGCAGUGA